CUAGUGCUAAAGCUUCUUAUGGCUAGUGUUGUGGUUCUUUGUGUGUUGUCUUUCAUCUUCAUUAUGAAGAAGUGAGAUGUUGAUAAAUUAGUAUCUAUGGCUGUCUGAGCUGGAUAUGUAUCUAUGGCUGUAAUGGAUAUGAUGUUAUUUUGGCUGUAUGGUUGUAAUGGAUAUGAUGUAUCUAUGAUGUCAGUGUUGAAUCUUCCAAUUUGUUGUUAAUAUUCAGUUAACUUUGUCUUCUCUGAGCUCUCUGAGCCAAAUAUUCAGUUAACUGCACUUGGUCUUAGCUUGAUUGAUAUGGCCAAAUUGUAAAUCAACUUAACUGAACAAAGAUUCAGUUAAAUGAGCUUGAUUGAUAUGCCCAAAAUGUAACUGAACUUAACUGAACAAGGAUUAAGUUAAAUGAGCUUGUAUGAUAUGGCCAAAAUAUAACUGAACUUAACUGAACAAAUAUUCAGCUAACUGAUUGGUCCACAACAAUGCACACUGGCACCCUACAACUUGCAUUGUAUGUUUGCCUUUGGUCCACAACCACCAGAUCCACCUAUGCUUCCUCCCCCAGCCACAAGUAUAUCUUCCUCGUUCCCAUUCUUCUCUUCUUCUCCAGCACCACAAAGUUCUUCUCUUCUUCUCAAGCACCACAAAGAUCCAUGGUGUCGUGGGAUGAUCUCCCUAGCUCUUCCGGAGACGACUCUGUUACCAGCAAGGCUCCUGCCACAAUUUUCUGUGAGGAAUGGAGAGGCCUGGCCAUAGAUUUGCCUAGUUUUACAUGUCAGCAUGGAACUUUGUGUGAGAAGGUUGUGGCAUUUGAAUCAGUUGAUACUGGCAGGAGGUUCCUAACCUGUGCCCAGAAGGAAGUACCUAGCUGCAACUAUGUGGAGUGGGUUGACCCUGAGUGACCUGAUGCUAUGAAGAUGAGCCUAGCUAGGAUAUGGAGCAUGUAUGAAGAGGAGACAAAACAGAACCUCAGACAAAAUGUUCUGAAUGCUGAGGAAAACUUGAAGAUUUUGGAAUAGAAGAAGUUGGAAAAAGAGCUUAGCAAUUUCAAACUUGAUUUUGCUAAUCUUGUGGCUGAGAAGGAGCAUGCAAUUAGCCAAUUAGGCAGCACACAAAUUGCUAUGGCUGAUCUUAGGGCAGAGCUUGAGAAGAGGAAGAUGAAUGACAAAACAGUAACAAGCAUUCAUCAGGUAUUCAGGGCUAAGGCAGAAAAAGAGAGAGAUCAAGUGAUCCAAGAGAGGGACCAAGUCAUUGGAGAGAGGGAUAAAUUAAAGCAAGAGAAGAGAAAGCUUGAAUACAUGAUUGGUGACUUGUUCAAACACAAAGAGGACACCAAGGAGAAGAUAAGGAAGCUUAAGGGCAUGCUGGAUGAUUUUGAUUGAGCUGAUGUUGUACUACAUGCUGAAUGAUUUAACUGAUGUUGUACUGAUGUAGUACUAGAUGCUUAAUUUGAUUGAACUGAUGUUGUACUAGAUGCUCAAAUUCCAGUUUGAUGUUAUUCAAGUCAAUUUGUUUAUCCAGUAGCUAACCACAUAUGCAUACCUAACAGUUCAACUGCAAGGAUUCCUUUAGUUGAUGUUUAUUUGGUGCUGACAAAAGACAGAAGUGUUGAACUGAAUGUUGACAACAUUCAGCAUACCUAACAAUGACAGAAACAAUUCCUCAACAUAGUAACUGACAACAACUGAAUAUGACAGCAACAAUGACAGCAACAUUCAGCAUUAUACAAGCACACCUAACUAACCAAAGAGAUCCCCUAACCAAACAUCAGUUCAACAUUUCAUAGCACUUUCAGCAUUCAUGUU